UACAAUGCAAAGAAAUGCAUUUCCAAAUAAUUUCCAAGGUUCAAGAAUAAAAGAACAUAGAUUUGUAUUUGAUAAAUUAUUUGAUGUUAAUACAUCUCAAAAUGAAGUUUAUCAUCAUACAACACGUCCAUUACUUGAUAGUAUAUUAGAUGGAUUUAAUGCAACAGUAUUUGCUUAUGGAGCCACUGGAUGUGGGAAAACUCAUACAAUUCUGGGAACUUUUCAAGAUCCAGGAGUUAUCUUCUUAACUAUGAAAGAAUUAUAUCAAAAAAUUGAAAAUCUUUCGGAUACAAAAAUUAUUGAUAUAAGUUUAUCAUAUCUUGAAAUUUAUAAUGAAACUAUUCGAGAUUUAUUAAAUCCUGAAAUUGAUCAUAAAAAAUUAAUUCUACGAGAAGAUACAAAUAGUAAAAUUUCUGUAUCAAAUUUACUGACUCAUAAACCUCAAUCAGUUGAAGAAGUUAUGGAUUUAAUUUUAACUGGAAAUCAAAAUAGAACAAGUUCACCAACUGAAGCAAAUGCAACAUCAUCAAGAUCUCAUGCUGUACUUCAAAUUAAUGUAACUCAAAAGAGUAGAACUCCUGAUUUAAGUGAAGCACAUACUUUUGCAACUUUAUCAAUAAUUGAUUUAGCAGGAAGUGAAAGAGCUGCUGCUACAAAAAAUAGAGGAAUUAGAUUAAGUGAAGGAGCAAAUAUUAAUAAAUCUUUAUUGGCAUUAGGAAAUUGUAUUAAUGCAUUAUGUGAUCCAAGACGAAGAAAUCAUGUACCUUAUAGAGAUUCUAAACUUACUCGAUUAUUAAAAUUUUCUUUAGGUGGAAAUUGUAAAACUGUUAUGAUAGUUUGUGUAUCUCCACUGUCUCAACAUUAUGAUGAAACUUUAAAUACUUUGAAAUAUGCUAAUAGAGCUAAAGAAAUUAAAACUAAAAUAGUAAGAAAUUUACAUAAUUUAGAUAGACAUGUUGGAUCUUAUUUAAAAAUGAUUACUGAACAAAAGCAAGAAAUUGAAGAAUUAAGAGCAAGAGAAAUUAAAAUUGAAGAAAGUAUAACUGCAAAACAAAAAUUAAUUAAUGAAAAAUGUUUCCACCUUAUAUUGGAAAAUAUUGAAAAUAUUAAAAGUUCAAUUAAUAAACAAGUUCAAGAACGAUGGAAGAAAUAUUUCAUACUUGCUAAAAGAAAAUUACUUUUAACUCAUAAGAUUGAAUUAGGAGUAUUAUUAGAUGGUCUAUUAGAACAAAAUUCAGAGAAUUUACCAACAUCAAUUUUCAAUUUAUGUGAACAAGUAAUCAUAAAAAUUGAUAGACAAAUUCCCGAAUUAGAACAACAAUAUUCUAAACCUAAUGAUAUUGAUUAUAUUCUAAAUGAUUCAAGUGAACAAAUUAUAAAACGAUUGAAAGAAAAUGAAGGAUGGUCUGAUUAUCAUACAUUAUUAUUUCAGAAAUUUUUAGAUUCUUUGAAAGAUUCAUUUGAUAGAGAAAUAUUAUUUAAUUCCUCGAUUCUAUAUGAUCAUCUCAUACAUCUGCUCAACCAUUAUAAUUUUAUUGCUCGUGAAUUAUCCAACACGUUAUCAGAUAAUCAAGAAAAUCAUCGAGAUCGUGUAGUGAAUAAUGUAUUAAUUGCAUUGGAAGAUUUUGUAAAUGGAGAUUUUGAUUCAGCUGUUGAAAAACAUACCACUCAAUUUAUGCAACAAAAAUUGAAAGAUUCCGAUUCAAUUUCGAUGGAUACUUCAUCAAAUUCAAUUUCUGAUGAUGGUCUAGUUCUUAAUUCUAAUACUACAAUUGCUAGACCUAGAGAUUCCAAAAGAGGACCUAUAUCACCUCUUAGAGGCUCACCUCCAAGAAGUUAUAAAAGAUCUAUUUCUAAAAAGCCAAUCACUCCAAAGUUUUCUCCUCUGCGAUCAAAAUUGAAUAAAAAGGUUAGGUGGGAUAUACCUAGAAAUGAUGAUUCUAUAUUAGAUGCCGAUGCUAGUAUGGAUGAUCAUGCUAAUACAACUUUGAAGAGUGAAUUAGAAGAUGAUUCGCCAAUAACCAAUACUAUCCUAGAUAGUAGUCUAUUAAAUGAUGAUUUUGGAUUAAAAUUUGAUGAAAGUGUGGAUUCUCCUCCAAUAUCAAGUUCUAAAUUAUCUGCAUUAACACCUGAACCCGUAAAGCAUAGGAAACCAAGAUCGGAAAAUAAUAUAUUUAAUAAUAGAAGACUAUCAAUCAAUUUAAAUGAAAGAGUGGGCUCAAAUACAGCACCAAUCACAAUUGAUAAUAGUUCCAAAGUACCUUUACUUAAUAAAAGUGCCAGUGUGAAAUUAGCAUCUAAUACGGAUAUUAAUCCAACAUUUAUACCCAGUGGUUUCUCAACGUCACCUAAAAGAUUUGGAUACGAUAUACUUACUGCACCAACAGAGAUAAUUAAUAAUUUCACUCUGAUAGAAGCUUCAAAUGGUCGAGAUAUAAGUAGUAGUGGUUCGGAAAAAGUUGAUUAAUUUAGCUUAGCUUACGGUUAUAUAUAAAAUUAGCUAGCUUAAAUUAUUUAUUAUAGAUUAAUAUUAAUGACUUACG